UGGGGAUGACACCAUUCAGUCCGGAAGUCAACUCUCAGUCCGGAUCUUCGUGGGCCUGAAGGUUUGUGGCGUGAGCAUUUGGUGGGGUCAGGCCUCUGGUCGCUAGAUUUCUGCCUCGGUCGCGCUUUAUUUCCCGCCUGGCUAUGGCGACCUACACCUGCAACACCUGCCGGGCGGUGUUGGAAGACGCGGAGGCGCAGCGGGCCCACUACAAGACAGACUGGCACCGCUACAAUCUGAGGCGCAAAGUAGCCGGCAUGGCCCCGGUCAGCGCCGAGGGCUUCCAGGAGCGGGUGCGGGCACAGCGGGCCCUGGCGGAGCCGGAGAGCAAGGGCGCGGCCACCUAUUGCACCGUCUGCAGUAAGAAGUUUGCCUCCUUCAAGGCCUACGAAAACCACCUCAGGUCCCGGCGGCACGUGGAGCUCGAGAAGCAGGCGGUGAGUCGGAAAGUGGCGCUCAUGAACGAGAAGAACUUGGAGAAAGGGCUGGGCGUGGACAGUGUGGACAAGGAUGCGGUGAACGUGGCCAUCCAGCAGGUCAUCAAGGCUCAGCCGUCCACGUCUCCCAAGAAGGCGGCGCCAGCGCCCGAGGCGGAGCCCGGGUGUCCCGUGGCCGUCGGAGGACGUGGGACUCAGCCGCGAGACCCGGGCGAGAAACCUCCCCGGCUGCAGUGGUUUGAACGGCAGGCGAAGAAGUUGGCGAAACAGCAGGGGGAGGAAGAGAGUGAGGAAGACCUGGAUGGGGACGACUGGGAGGAUAUUGAUUCUGAUGAGGACUUGGAAUGUGAGGAUGCUGAAGCCACGGAGGAGGAGGAGGAAGAGCAGGAUGCAGAGGAGGAAGAGGCAGGAGGAAGCACCCCCCUUGGUGCCAUUCCCAUAACGGACUGCUUGUUUUGUCCACAUCACUCAAGCUCCCUCACGAAGAAUGUGGCUCAUAUGACCAAAGUCCACAGCUUCUUUAUUCCUGAUGUAGAAUAUCUUUCAGAUCUUAAGGGACUGAUUAAAUAUUUGGGAGAGAAAGUUGGUGUUGGGAAGAUUUGCUUGUGGUGCAACGAGAGAGGGAAGUCCUUCUACUCCACAGAGGCGGUACAGGCGCACAUGAAUGACCGGAGUCACUGUAAGCUCUUCACAGAUGGGGACGCUCUUUUGGAAUUUGCAGACUUCUAUGAUUUUAGGAGUAGCUACCCAGAUCACAAAGAAGGUGAGGAACAGGAUGAGACUGAAGAGCUGCCCUCAGAAAAGACCCUGGAUUAUGACGAUGAAACCAUGGAGCUGAUUCUCCCUUCUGGUGCCAGGGUGGGUCAUCGCUCCUUGAUGAGAUACUACAAACAGCGGUUUGGCUUGUCGAGAGCUGUGGUGGUUGCUAAGAAUCAGAAGGCUGUGGGCCGGGUCCUGCAGCAGUACAGAGCCCUGGGAUGGACUGGCAGCACAGGAGCAGCUCUGGUGCGCCAGCGGGACAUGCAGUAUGUCCAGAAGAUGAAGUCAAAGUGGAUGCUGAAGAUGGGGAUGAAGAACAACGCCACCAGGCAGAUGCAUUUCCGGCCCCAGGUGCUGUUCUGAUCGGCCAGGGGCUGGAACCACGGUCCUUCUGCUGCUACUUCCCCUGUACUUCCUCAGUCCUGACCUGAUAAUAAAAGUCAGGAUCACA